AAAAACCCAAGAGGAGCAGCUGCUGAGGUGGACUUUGGGAUGGCAGAGCUCUGGGCCAUAAGCAGCAGUUGUGUGUUGCACGUUGAGUGAUGUCUGGAGUUUGGUUGUACAUACUGUGGUUUACAUACAGAUGGAAACACUGCUGGUUUGCAGCUCCAGGCAAACAUACAGUUUGCUGUUCAGUGAUAAGAAUAGGGACAAAACACAACCACCCAGAUUUCUGUGCAUUCCUGCCCUUACGUGCAGCCAUUAAUCUGAUGUUAUUAAUUUUUUCAGCCUCUUUUUUUUUCCCCAGUCUUUAAGCCUCUGAAAUUGGAAGUCGCUUAAAAGUCGAAGCUGCGAUUUGUAGUCAUUCACGCAUCCUUAAAAGAGGCUGAUCUGCCAACGUCAAAGUUGUCUUUUACAGCUAAUUAGUUUUCACUAAUGAAACAAAUGUGCCUGUGAGAAGCUCAGUGAAGAGAACAUGAUGGGGUGGAGGUGGGAUGUCGUUGGAUACAGCUGCACUAAGAGGCUGUUGCACUGCUGGUGAGAUGGGCUCCUUUCCCAGCUGAUCUUUUAACCAGCAUCAGUGGUGCUCUCAGGUGAUGCCAGGGUGAAUUUGAUGCUGCUGUUUUCUGACUGAUCUCUGAUUGUAGCUUAAAAUGCCGAGCUUUGAGGGGUUUAGCAAUGUUGCUUUAACAUGAGUUGCUCUGAUCUGUGUGGUGCUAGAAACGUUUUUUCCUCUCUUUUCUGUGACUGUCUCUUUAGUGAGGCCCAGGACAUGUUGUGAUGCUGAGUGUCUGAGUAAGGAAACGUGGCUUUGAACAGGUGAUUAGAGAGAGGCAGCAGCAGGUUACUGUCACAGACUGAUCCAAAGCCACAGCAAGGGAGUUGAGCUCCUCCAGAAAGCUUACAAGAGGAAACCUGAAAGGUGAAAGCCGGGUUUUCGGAGAGGAGAGUCUAAAUGCCAGCUCCUUCCCUGCAGCCUGCUCGCCUCAGUAAGUAACCUUAACUGGGAGCUGCUGUUACUUUAAAUAAGAACUCUCCGUGCCUCGUGCUGUAAGGUGAGAAAUUUCUUUUGGAAGAGGACGGCGGUGACACUUGGAACUCGCUGGCGGUGCUGGCAGCUUGGCAGAGAGCAGAAAGCAGGCUGGAUCGAAGCAAACGCCUGCAGGAGCUGUCAGGCUCGAGUUCUGCAGAGGAAAAGUGCCACUGGAGAAAGUAACAAAGCCCUGAGAGUAAGAAGAGCUGGAUUGUAUCACCCUGAAAGCCAACCCAUCUCACAGCUCUCCUCUGCUUCCUUUAAGCUUCUGUUUUAUUCAGUGAUCUUUACUGCAUCUGUUUUUCACUCUGCCUCGUGUGCUCCAUCACAACAGCUGUGCUGCUGGAAGAAAACCUGGAGAAAGAUGUGCUAAAGCCUCACACGUCAAAGAGGAGAAGCUUGGAUCCUGCCUUGGUGGCUGUGUACCUCCCAGUGCUGGAAGGAAGGAGGACAAGGAAGAACUUGCUGUAGCUCCCAGGUCCCGCUGUGUUCUCUGCUGGCUCAGCUGUUGGUGUCCCCCAUUCCUGGACUUUGCUUGAUGGGGAUCUCUGCUGCGGGAGCAGUCUCUGCACUCAAAGGCAGGAGAGCAGGGGUAGGAGAGGUGGCCUCUAGAUGCCGGAAAGGCCAUUUGUGUAAGCUCCUGGCAGAAGGUCUCUUCUGGAACAGCUGCUGGCUGUAGGCCCACCGAGCUGAGGUUCAGGAUAGCCUCUGUGCAGCAUGUCUUCCAAGCCAGAGCAGAAGGAGACCCACCAGGCCAAUGGUGCCGUGCUGCCUGCUGUGCCCAUGGACUGCCUCGUCAGUCCGGACCGGGGGCAGCUGGUGGAGCCCUCCAAUUUCCUGGGACCUGAUGGCGUCGGGGUGGAAGUGGUGGUGCUGGAGUCCCGUGCCAACGCUAAAGGUGUGCGAGAAGAGGAUGCCCUGCUGGAAAAUGGCAGCCAGAGCAACGAAAGUGAUGACACCAGCACAGACAGAGGCCCUGAGCCAGCCUCUCCGCUCAAGGAGACCUCCUUUUCCAUCGGGCUGCAAGUGCUCUUCCCCUUCCUCCUGGCAGGCUUUGGGACAGUUGCUGCUGGAAUGGUGCUGGACAUUGUGCAGCACUGGGAUGUCUUCAAAUACGUGACCGAGGUUUUCAUCUUGGUGCCAGCACUGCUGGGUCUGAAGGGGAACCUGGAGAUGACGCUGGCAUCUCGCCUGUCAACAGCUGCUAAUAUUGGCCAAAUGGAUACACCCAAAGAGCUCUGGAAGAUGAUAACAGGGAACAUGGCUCUGAUACAGGUUCAGGCUACCGUGGUUGGCUUCCUGGCCUCGAUUGCAGCUGUGAUAUUUGGAUGGAUUCCAGAUGGGCACUUCAGCCUUGACCACGCUGUCCUGCUCUGUGCCAGCAGCGUGGCUACUGCUUUCAUUGCUUCCCUUGUUCUGGGCAUGAUCAUGAUUGGAGUCAUCAUUGGAUCCAGGAAGAUGGGAAUCAAUCCUGAUAACGUGGCUACACCAAUUGCUGCCAGCCUGGGGGAUCUCAUCACCCUGGCUCUGCUUUCAGGAAUCAGCUGGGGCUUGUACAAAGAGCUGGAGAGCAAAGCAUACGUGAAUCCUUUGGUGUGUGCCUUCUUCAUAGCUCUGCUGCCCAUCUGGAUCAUCAUUGCCAAGAAGAAUGCAGCGACUCGGGAGGUGCUGUACUCUGGCUGGGAGCCAGUCAUCAUUGCAAUGGCAAUUAGCAGUGUUGGGGGUUUAAUUCUGGACAGAACAGUCUCAGAUCCAAACUUUGCUGGGAUGGCUGUCUUCACACCAGUCAUUAAUGGUGUGGGUGGCAACCUGGUGGCAGUGCAGGCGAGUCGCAUCUCCACUUACCUGCACAUGAGCGGGAUGCCUGGAGAGAGCCCUGAAACAGCCCCUCGCAGAUGCCCCAGCCCUUGCAGCACUUUCUUCAGCUCAGAUGUGAAUUCCCGCUCUGCCCGUGUGCUCUUCCUUCUGGUCGUGCCUGGACACCUGGUUUUCCUUUACACCAUCAGCUCCAUGCAAGGUGGACACACUACACUCACCCCUAUUUUCAUUGUUUUCUACAUGACAGCUGCACUUCUCCAGGUUCUCAUUCUGCUCUACAUUGCUGACUGGAUGGUGCACUGGAUGUGGGGCAGGGACCUCGAUCCUGACAACUUCUCCAUCCCCUACUUGACAGCGCUGGGUGACCUGAUCGGAACGGGGCUCCUUGCUCUCAGCUUUCAUGUCCUCUGGCUUAUUGGUGACCGGGAUUCCGAUGUGGGGGAUUAGCUCUCCCUGCUGCCCCUCCCCUCCUCUCAGUUCUCCUCCAUUAAUUUUUGUCAUGGUUGUUUUUCUUCCAUCCUCGCUCUCCUCCUUUCCCCCCCCCCCAACCCUGUCUCUCACGAGACUUCAUCUUUGAUACAAGGUUCUCAUUAUUUUCAAUGGGAAUUUUAUGUGGUUUAUAUUUCAAGCCAAGUUUGUACAGAAAAAUAAAUCUAGUUUUAGGAAGGACGCGAAAGUGUAAUGAGACAAUCACCAAGUGCAAUUUCCUAGCAGUUGUCUGACCAGUGUUCCAGGGGAGCUGCCCAUCAGUUGAUGGAGCACACUGGAGGUGAAGGGCUGCUUUGUUCGCUUCAUAAGCGUUUUAAAUACUGGAGAUAAGGUUCAGAUGUGUGUUGCUGAGAGGGCAACUUCUAGCAAAGUGCAGCCUUGUGGAUGAGGACACGGGGAUCUCCCAUUUUCUGUCCUGUGACCUUUUCUCCUUCAUGUUUUCUCCCCAAAUCCCUCCCCUGUGCCUCGCACCCAAAGCAUGCAGCUCUCUGGUCUGGAGAUGAUCCAGUUUUGUGCAUUUAGGCUUGCUUUCAGCUGCUGUGUGUGUGCUGCUGCUGCUGGGCCCACUGCAGCUGGGCAGGAGCUGCUCAGUACCUUCUUUUGCUGAGCCUGAAGCAUUUCAAACUCGGGAGCCUUAUGCUACUGCUGUCUCUUAGAAGAUGCCAUCUGUGUUCAGCCAUUGGCUUUCCCUGUAUGCGUAGGAGAAAGCAGGAAAACAGGUCAGCAGCACAGCCUGAGUUGUGCAGCCGUGCAUCGUUGGUGCAGCGCUGUGUGGCUCUCAGCAGAGCGCCCUGCUUGCCUUGAGCUGCGCGUGGAGCCUGAGGUUGGUGACAGCCCAGCAGAGCCUGAGCAACUGUGAGCUUUAUUUCCCUCCUGCUUUUUGUGCUGCCCAGCUGGGAGGUGGCCAGGAAGCUUUCCUUUCCUCUGCCUUUGCAGGCUGGGAGGAUUCUCAUGCAGUCUGCAGCAUGCGGUUCUGGCUGUGUGACUGAGGCGUUUGUAAAUCAUCUUCCUGAGUGCUGUCAGCACUUUGUACUUUUCCCAUUUGGAAAUUGAUUCAGUGAGCUGAGCACAGUUUAUUUAAGCAGGUCUUAUUGACUUGGAAGCUUCACUCAGCUGCAUCGAGUUUAAGUGAUGCACUCAAGCAGGCAGCACUGUUAAACAGGCUCAGAUGUAAACUGAAUGCAUGUGUGCAUGGGAGAGAGCUGCUAAUGUUGGUAGGGAUGGGGAUCAUAGCAUCCUAUGGCACCCAGUUUUGGUGCCGCAGUGCCCAAAGCACAGAGAUGCCCUCAGUGCCCAGCGUGGUGCCCUGGCUCUGAAAUAACACCUGAGCUCUCACAGAGCUCACACUGCAGCCCUGCUGUGCUGCUGCCUGGCCUGUUUGCCUGCAGAUCCAGAGCAUCACUGGAGAGCUGCAGGAUUUGGGGUUGCCUACAGGCUGCUGCGUUUCUUGUUUUGUCUGGAUUGGCUUCAGUUCCUCCCUUAGGUUGUCCUCAGCGUUUCUUGCACAAAGAGGCAGUGCUCCCUUCCUUACCUUGCUGAUGUGAAGCUCGCCUUCCUCCUCCCCAUCUCUGUGCUGUCCUUAGUUGCAGUAGCUCUGACCCUCCUCCUGUUCCCUGCAGUGAUUCUGGCUGCUCGCGGGUCUGAUUCAGCCGCAGCUCUAUUCAAAAACACCAAAAGGAAAACCAAAACAAACCAACCAACCAAACUCACACCCCAAAGCGAGCAGUCUGAGCCUGGGGGCUCCUACAGCAUCCUCUGCUGUCACCUCCUAUCCAUGCCUGAUGCCGAGGGCUGGACGUGAGAUUUCCUUCUGCUAACACACGUUUGUGUGCAGCCGUGCCAUCGCUGCUCCGUGCUGUGAUGUCAGCUUUUGGUUCCCCAGGAAAGAAGUGGUGCCAGAGCUGUGCUUGUGGUCUCCCAUGGGUGCAGAGGUGCUGCGGGGUGAAUGGAGUGGUGCAGAAUCUCAUUUAGCAUUUCAGCACGUCGACAGCCAAAAGCUUUUCCCACCACUUGCACUCGGUUGCAUGGCCCAACCUACAGCUGACUGCAAAUGAGAAACACCCGUUUACUUCUUUUUAUUAAAGGAAAAACAACAAAAGGACUGUCUUAAUUAUUUAUAGUUACUGUAACUGGAUUGACGGAUGUCAACUGCUGAUAAAUUAUAUUUCGUUAAAUAAAGAUGACAUUUAUUUAUGUGGACUUCGGUGCCGUUCUUUCA